AUGGGUGAGAAGUCUAGUAACCUCAUAAGGAGCAGUGCUGCUGGUGGCCAAUUAGCAUGUAGUCCUGAUGGUGGUAACUCUACAAGGAGCAGUGCUGCUGGUGUCAGUUCCAAAGUGGUUGGGACUGAGGGUGCUAACUUAGAAAGGACCAGUUUGAAUGGUCUUAACACUCAAACAGUUGGAGAUGAUUUUGGUAACUCACAAAGGAUCAGUUCUAAUGGUCUUAACUCUCAAAUGGUUGGAGAUGUUUCUGAUGUUUCUAGUAACUCACAAAGGAGCAAUGCUAAUGGUCUUAACUCUCAAAUGGCUGGAGUUGAAGGUGGUAACUCACAAGUGAACUUUGAUAACUCACAACUAAAUAUUGGUUCCAACCAGUCCUCUCAGGAUCCUCUAAAAAGAGGGAGAGCGAAAAUGUGUAGGACCAAGUACAAAAUACCUCCACGUAGUGGUAGAGUUCAGGUGGAACCUAUAGGUAUUGGUAAUCAAUUCAAAUAUGUUGAUUAUAACCCUAAAUGCUUCAAGUACCCCUCACAGUUAGGAACUAUUCUCAAGCGAGAGUACCCAGGUAUCCUCAGAAUAUAUGAUGAGAAAGGCACAAUUGUGAGAGUAAAACCGGCAUUUUCAUGGAAUGAUUAUUAUUGGAAAAAGAAUAAAGAAGGAAUCUGCUGUGCGACAAGAGUGAAGCAGGAGUUCUGGAGCACGUUUACAUCUCAUCCACGGCAUAGGGCACGUGCUGCAAAAAAUCUAGAGAACUAUCUAGUCAAGAGAGUAACUAAUAUGAUGUACCAAGUCCGUUUGGAGGCUGUCAAGAAAUGGUGUCAUAGAAAUAACGAAGACUGCAAUGAUACUCGAGCCUGCACCAUUGAACUAAAAGAAGAACAGUACUUGACUUGUCGGGUGGAGUGGUGCAACAGGGCAGUUUGGGUCUUGCUUGCCAAAUACUGGACUUCUGAUGAGUACAAGGAAAAGAGACGCAGAGGCCAACAAUCGCGCAUGAGUUGUGAUGAUCCAGCUCAAAAUAGAGGAGGUUCAAGAAAUUUUGCAGAGACACAACAGUUCUUGGAAUUUAAAUCUGGUCGUCCACAGAGUGGGAUAAACACAUUUGCUGCAAUGAAAUCUGGAGAUGAGUACAUGGCAUUAGCUCCAGAUGCAAAUUCACAAGAACUGGACGGAAGAGCAUUGUACACUAUAGGACGUGGCAUGAAGCAUGGCCGCGUUCCAAUAGGUGAUGGUGAUGUGGAUAAGGCAAUUGUUCUAGCACAUUCCAAAUCUGUAUCUGUUAGGCCACCUGAUCCUAAUCAUUAUGAAAGUGUAGAACCACCUGCUGAACUGCUUCAAUGUCUACAAGACCUUGAUACCCGUCGUCAUCAGGCUACUGGGUCACAUGGAGGCUCUCAUUCUGUUGAUGAAAGGCGCAGCAACGACAACGCUGAUGACGAAGACGACGAUGAUGACUACAGCUACCAUGAAAGCGAUGAUGAUGACUGCAGCUACCAUCAAGGCAACGACCAUGUCCAGUACUCCAAUGAAGACGAUGAUGAUGACCACAUUGAGGAUGAUGAUGACGAUGGCUGUCUUGAAGAUGGUUAUGAUAGCAGCUCCUCCCAAAGCGAUGAUGAUCACCGCUCUACUGAGCAGUGA